GAGGCGAAGGGCAGAGUGGAGAUGGGCAGCAGACCGUGCAGCCAUCGUCAGUCGCUGGAAUUGGCUCCAAGCCCACGUCUCGGACCUGGAAUACCGAAUCCGGCAGCAAACGGACAUUUACAAGCAGAUUAGAGCCAACAAGGGGCUGAUAGUUCUUGGUGAAGCAUCACCCCCUGAUCCUGCAGUAGAUGGUGCAUCCCGUCCCGUUAGUGCUGAAGUUAAGCUGGAGCCCGGGGCUGACCGGCUGAGUGUUUCGGGAUCCCAGCCACUAGAGAACUUGGGUAUUUCUGCUGCAAAUACUCCUGAGUCCCAUCCCGCCAAGCCCUGUGGAGCACCAAGACCCGUCAAUGGAGUUAUUAACACUCUUCAGCCUGGCCUGGCAGAACAUGCUCAGGGAGAUGGCCAGGAAGCUGAGGAGCUCUUGCAUAAAAAGCAACGACUGAACAUGGUUUCUUCAUCUUCGGAUGGAACGUGUGUAGCAGCUCGCACUCGCCCAGUACUGAGCUGUAAGAAGCGACGGCUUGUUCGACCUAGCAGCAUUAUGCCCCUUUCCAAAAAGGUCCAUCGUAAUAUCCUGGUGCGAUGUAGCUGUGAUGUGAACCCUUCAUGUGCUCUGUGUGGCACUCGAAGCUCAACAACUCUGGAAAUCCAGUAUGACGCCCCUUUGCUGGAGCGCCUCUCCCAGCUGGACUCAUGUAUUCAUCCUGUCCUGUCAUUCCCAGAUGAUGUGCCGACAAGCCUGCACUUCCAGAGCAUGUUGAAAUCUCAGUGGCAGAACAAACCCUAUGAGAAAAUCAAACCUCCCAAAAAGCUCUCGCUCAAGCACAGAGCCCCCAUGCCUACCAGCAGCCUGUCUGACCCUGCUCGCAAGGACCGCCACAAGCUGGUGAAUUCCUUCUUCACUGCAGCCAAGCGCUCACAUCAAAAAAUCCAACCAGACAAGGCACACAGGCCGCCUUUAGACGAUUUUACGGCCGUGUCCAAGGCCGAGAGAGCGCCAGAGCGCUCGCUUGUCCAGCCUCCUGCCUAUGACAAAAAGCGAUUGCGAGACUGCUCGUCUGAGAGGAGUGAAGUGUUGAAGCAUCACACGGACGUCGGUGGCCCAAGCUACUUGUCAGCAGCUGCGACCCCCACACCUCACAGCCCCAUAGCACGACAACUGUCCACCUCCUCGGAAGGCUCCGCUCCUGCCAGCACGAGUUCACAGGGCACCUCCAGCACAGCCCAGCCAAGGAGGAGGAGAGGCGAAAGUUCAUUCGAUAUUAACAACAUUGUCAUCCCGAUGUCCGUUGCUGCGACGACUCGUGUGGAGAAACUGCAGUACAAGGAGAUCCUCACACCCAGCUGGCGUGAAGUGGAUAUCAGCACUCUGAAAGCGAACCCUGAUGAAGACAACGAGGAGCUGGCGUGA